AUGGAUUCACCUACUUCAUUUGUAAACCUCCUAACCUCACAACAAGACAAAUCUUACACUUUUCCUGAAACAAUUGACCUUGGAUCAUCAGAAAUCCCUCGGUUUAGUAGCCAGGGUUCUGAUGAUCCAAACUUAACUGGUGAAGAUGGAAACCGAAGUGGACACCGAAGGAGGCUUUGGACACCGAAGGAGGACGUGGUGCUCAUCUCUGCGUGGUUGAACACCAGCAAAGACCCCGUGGUGGGUAAUGAGCAAAAAGCCGGUGCUUUUUGGUUUAGGAUACAAGAGUAUUUCAAUAAUACUCUAGGACUGACUGGGGAAAAUUCUAAACCAAAAAGUACUUGCAAGCAACGUUGGGGGAGGCUGAACGAUCAGGUCUGCAAAUUUGUGGGCUGUUAUGAAGCCGCAUUGAAGGAUCAAAGAAGUGGACAGAGCGAGAAUGAUAUAAUGAAGGCUGCACAUGAUAUUUUCUUCAACGAUCAUGGUGUCAAGUUCACGCUUGAUCACGCAUGGCGCGAGCUACGCCAUGAUCAGAAAUGGUGCUCUGAGUCUUUAACAAAGGAUAUUGACAAGGCUAAAAGGAGAAAGACGUGUGAGUCUUCGGAUGAGCCAUCGACCAUCAAUCUUGAAGAGGAAGUUCCGGAGGCACGUCCAAUCGGUGUCAAGGCUGCGAAAGCCAAGGCUAAGAAGCCAACCGCUGGUAACGAGAAAGGGAAGCCGGUUGUGGAUAUAGGAGGUAUAUUGGAAAUGAAGGCCAAAGACAUGGAGUUGAGGAACAAGUUAUCAAACAAGAGGUUACUAGAGUUUCUUCUAGGAAAAAAAGAAUCGCUAACUGAGGUAGAAGAGGCUCUAAAGAACAAACUGAUAAACGAACUCUUGGAAUAA